UAUAUAAGGAGGAGAUAGGGAAGGUAGCAUGUGGCAUAGGCUUUAUUAAUUUUUGUUUUGUUUGGUUGAGCGCUGCGGUGUGGAGAAAGCGCGAAAGGGUGGUGGAGAUGGACAUAGACCAGUUGCCUAAGAACGCUGCUAACUACACUGCCUUAACGCCGUUGUGGUUUCUGGAAAGAGCAGCUACGGUGCAUCCUACCAGAAACUCCCUCAUCCAUGGAUCUCGUCGCUACACGUGGCAACAGACCUACCACCGUUGCCGUCGAUUCGCCUCUGCUCUUUCCAACUACUCCAUCGGACCAGGAAACACUGUAGCUGUUAUUGCACCCAAUAUUCCAGCUCUUUAUGAAGCUCAUUUUGGGAUUCCAAUGGCAGGGGCUGUCUUGAAUCCUGUUAAUAUUAGACUAAACGCAUCGACAGUAGCCUUUCUUCUUGGUCAUUGCUCAGCUGCAGCUGUAAUAGUUGAUCAAGAGUCCUUUUCUUUGGCAGAAGAAGCUUUGAAGAUAUGGUCUGAGAAAGCCAAAACCUUCAAGCCUCCACUUCUAGUAGUCAUUGGUGAUGAAAAUUGCGACCCUAAGUCACUUAACUAUGCUGUGGGCAAAGGAGCCAUUGAAUAUGAGGAUUUUCUUCAGGGUGGUGAUCCUGAAUAUGCAUGGAAACCCCCUGAGGAUGAGUGGCAGAGUAUUUCUUUGGGAUACACAUCUGGUACCACUGCUAGUCCGAAGGGUGUGGUAUUACAUCACCGUGGAGCCUAUCUCAUGUCUCUGAGUGGAGCUCUUAUUUGGGGAAUGACUGAAGGUGCUGUGUAUCUUUGGACACUCCCCAUGUUUCAUUGCAAUGGUUGGUGUUACACUUGGACACUUGCAGCUCUGUUUGGUACUAACAUAUGCCUUCGCCAGGUAACAGCGAAGGCAGUCUACGAAGCCAUUGCCAAGUAUAAAGUGACUCAUUUUUGUGCAGCACCAGUGGUUCUUAACACAAUAAUCAAUGCCCCACCUGAGGAAACCAUACUUCCUCUCCCGCAUGUUGUGCAUGUGAAUACAGCUGGGGCUGCUCCUCCUCCUUCUGUUCUUUUUGGAAUGUCUGAACGAGGAUUUCGUGUCACACACACUUAUGGUCUCUCUGAAACCUAUGGCCCCUCCGUCUAUUGUGCCUGGAAACCAGAAUGGCAUUCACUUCCUCCUGAACGCCAAGCCCAGCUCAAUGCAAGACAAGGGGUUAGGUACAUUGGCUUGGAAAACUUGGAAGUGGUGAACACAAAAACCAUGCAACCUGUUCCUGCUGAU